UGAUCAUCACAUAUUAUAUGCGUGCCUACGUAAACGUAUCUAAAAUAUGGUAAAAUGAUUGUAUACUCGUUUAAUGUUUUUAGUCAGACUAUUAAACAACGAAUACGAUGUUAUCUGUAGAAAAGUGUAGGACGGACAACUGUUGUUUUAUUAAUAAUAAUAAUAAAAAAUCGACUUCUAUAUUUCUUUAUUUCCUAAACCGUUAAAGUGAUCAUAAUUAUUAAAUAUUUUUACAAUAAUAACAAGUCAUGACUAUCAUUCAGAUUAACAGAAAACUGCUACUGAUGAAACUGCAUUAUUUUAUAGGGAUCGGCGGUAAGUAUACCUAAAUAUAUUACCGUAUACGAAAAAUAUAGCACUUGAAGUAUUUUUUAUUUCUUUAUUUUGGAUUGGGUAUUAAGUAAUUGUUUAGAGAUUUUGAGAAAUGUGAGUAAGGUAUUGUUGAAUUGAUUUUACUGCGCUAUUUGUGAAAUAUUUUAGUUUAUGAGGGACUGCAAACGAGUUUUCAACCAGAAUACUUAUUGCAAUCUACAUAUUUUUAUAGAAUCUUAUUAUUGUGUUGAGGAGAUAAUUUUCAAAGCAUUAUAAAUUUAGUAUUUUCAAAACACGGAUAAAUUUUCGAAAUAUUUUGACACUUUCUGAUUUAUUUGGCACUUAAAAUUUAUAAAUAAAAGCCCUUAAAACGUCAAAAUGCUAUAAGAAAGCACUUCAAAAUAUUUAAAAAAGCAAUAAUGGUUGAAGAGAUUAAAAUCCUCUAAUGACUGUUAACUUGUUAAAUUAAAUUUUCUAACAUUACAAAAAUGAUACCUAGAAGGAAUUUUUUCAUAAAAUUGUACAUAUUAUAACAAAAAUUACUUUGAAUUUUUGUAGUUUUCUUUUCUGUGGACAACUUUUCUACCAGAGAUCUUGCUCCGAUUUGUAGCACCUUUUAUGAAAGAAAAUCAGUGUAGGGAGGUACUUUAAGAAAAUCAUUUUUCGAUUUUCUAAGCGUUUUAUUAAAUAACCGGGAAAAAUCAUGGGGAAACUGGAGAAAACGGGAAAAUCGGUACAUUAAAUAAAUAUUAUUAAAGAAAAUAUAUAGAACCUAUUUAAUUAUUUUACCAUAAUAUAUAUUGUUGAUAAAGCAUCACUAUGAAAUAAACUCCGCUCAGAAUGGUUUUUUCGUUAGAAAUGGUUUAUCGUUAUUUACAGGUGUACAUUAGCUAUAACAGUGGCUGUACCCGUCUCCAUUAUCCUAAGACAGUUUUUUAAAAUUGUAUUUAAUAAAAAAGAUUCGUCAGAAGGUGGGACUUUUUACAUUUCUAGCAUUUUUGCUUUCUUUUUAAAUACUUUUAAUGUAAUUUUCUGUUGCUUUUUUGAUUUUUAAGCGAUUCUUGUGAUUUUCAAAUGCAACAAAUCCCGAGUAUACUUACUUAUAAAGCUAAUUUAAUCGGUCGAGUUUUUUCGUUUUAGAUUCUAAGCGAAGCGAAAAAUGCAUUUAUUUUAUUAUGAUAUGCCAAUAUUUUUUUGUGUCUGUAAACAAGUUUUCGACUGGCUCAACAUCAUCAUCAGAGAUUGUUUCUGGUUGUGAAUUUUAUCUAGUCGGUUAAGUCGUUACAUUGGGAGGAUGGUUUUGGUAUUGUUUGUUUAUUUGAUUGCAUUUUAUUUAUAAUUUAGGGUACGCGCCGUUUUCUCCGUUCAUGGCGACAAUAGCCAAGCAAAGGGGCUAUUCAGCUGUGAUUGUCGGUUUCAUUUUUAUGGUACAACCAAUCCCAGGAUUGUUUAUCCGGCCGGUUAUAGGCGUCAUCACAGAUAAAUACAAAUGUCGUCGGGUGGCGUUCAUUUUAAGUUCGUUAAUUAUAUUCACGCUAGUAUGGUUGUUUUCGAUAAUACCGGGUACGACGUCAAAAGGAGAAAUGGACGAUUACGACGUGAUCAGGUCACCGUUGUUUUGGUUAUUCUUCGGCGCGAUUCUUACAAUGUCCAUUUUUGACACGAUUAAAAAUGUUAUGGAAGAAACGAUCUGCACGACUUUAUUGGGUAAAUAAAAUAAUGAUGUACUUGUAUAAUAAUUAAAAUGUUUUAUAGAAUGAUAUUUGUCGGGAUAACUAAAAACCACAGAGUCACUGACUAACGUGAAAAUGUUUUAGUACUCAUUAAUAGCAUUCACAGCUUUUUAAAACCUCUAAGUACGUGGUAAUAAAUAUUGAAAUUUAUCGAAAAAUUAACAGUUUUAUAUAUUACACCUAUAUUAUAAUUUUAACAUUUUAAGACGAAUUUUCUGAAAAAGUUGUUAUAAUUGUACGUUUUAAAAGUACAUUUCGAAUAUUAAUCGAAUAACCUAACUGUGCACAUAUUGCGGGUGAUCCUCGACAACACAUGAGUAUUAUUUCGGGAAAAAGUAUUCAUUUUUUUUUGAUCAAUCUAAAAAACAAUCAGUUCUAAUAUGUUAAAUUAUCAUUAUUUUUAUCCACUAUUAAUUUCAGAAGGGUGAAACCACUACCCAUUUUUGAUUUCCAAAUAUAAAUCCAUAUUAAAUUCCAUAAAUGAAUGAAGUUUUAGUUUGAGUUUCCGUUGAAUUUCAUUUAAUUUUGAUAUUCCACUUUUAAGCAUCUUCUUUCAUAAAUUGUCCAAAACAAGUUAAUACUUUCUGAAAUAAAGUAUUUCUUAUCGAGAAUUGAUAAUUUUGUAUAGGUGUUUAAAAAUAUAUACAAACAUUUAUUAAACAGUUGAAGGGAUGAACCUAAGACGAUAAAUCAUUAAAGUAACCAAUAUUACUUGUACAAUUUAUAUUUUUAUUACAACUACAAUAAAGUGAAGAUACUACAAAAUUGAAAAAAAUUUCAAAAUACAAUUAUUCGAGAACGAGUUUUAAUGAUUGCAAAACUGAAUUAUAGAAUAUUUCCAUUCGAAUAAAAUCAAAUAAAUCAUAAUGCGUCUUAGAUCUAAUGUGUUACUCCGAGUAAGUAAUUAAGUAUAAUUAUGUUGAUGGUGGCUUUGAUUUCGUCACUUCAGAAAAAAAUAUACGUAUUCUUUUAUUAUGCUAAGAUGCCAAGGUAACCCGUCACGGACUAUACUGACACAAGGGACAAACAAUAAUUACUUAAACAAAAUAAUAAUUUCACGUAUAAUAAAAAUAUUUAAGACUCAAACACGGUUAUUAAGUUAUAUAUUACACGAAUUUUAAACAAUAAUAUCAUAAUUAUUAACUGUAAUCAUUAUUAUUGCUAUUGCUUACCUAAAAUUUUGGAAUAAUAAUAAUUAUUAUAAUUUGCAAUUACUCGUUUCAAGAUUUUUUGUUUUAUAAUAAUAUUAUCUGUAUUGAACACACAAAUAAUGUUAUUAAAGGCACACGGGUUUGUUUACUGUUGGUAUUUGUUUUUUUUUUUAACUUUUCAAUAAGGUGUAAACAAAUAUCUAUAUGGAAAACAAAGAUUAUGGGGAUCUCUCGGAUUUGGUAUUUUUGCGAUCGUUUCCGGUGCGUGCGUAGAUUGGUUUAGCAAAGGACAAGAAUACAAAAACUAUACUCCCGCUUUUGCCAUUUCGUUGGUGUGUUUUUUUUGCGACAUAAUUAUCGUAUCGAACAUCGAGGUGAGUAUAUACGAAUUUAUCAAGAUAUCAUUCUAAUAACUAAACACCACAUAUCGAAUUCAAAUUGUAUUGAUCUAUAUCAGUGUUAAAAUAAAGUUAACUAUAUGUACUAACUUAAUAUAAUUCUGAUUUUUUUUCUUUUCAUUUAUCGCUAAAUAAAUUAAAUUACAGACAAAUAUAUUAUACUAGGAUUAUCAAAUUGAUUUUCACACAAAUGUAAACAUUUUGACAGAUUUAAAAAUAUAUUGUCUUUAAAUUAGAUAUUAUAUAAUUAAUAACAUGUGAUUCAAAAUAUGCGGUUAUAUUAAAAACCAUACACGAAUUUUUUUUAAUCGUUGUACAAAUUUGUAUUUAUUACAGAAUAUAUGAAUUCAAAUUAAUUACUUAUUUUGAAUAUACAAAUCAUAUUGUUUUAUUAAGUACACAGAACAUAUUUUGACCAAAAAAAAACAACGGCUCAUAAUUAUAAAUCCUUUUUGUAAUUUAUAUUAUUUAUGUGCUCGUUUAUUUUUUUCAUCAAUUAAGUUUUCAAUUUACAAAAAUAAAAAUGAUUAACCCACAUUUUCGAUUCUGAGUGUAGCUAAGGAGCUAUUGGUUUUACUAAAAUGUUUUUUUUUCUUUCUUCAUUCUUCUAGUUUUGGAAAUAAUACUUAUAUUGGAUUUACCUAGAUGUGGUAAAAUUUCAAAAAUCAUCGGAUCAAAUUCAAACAAAAAUCGCAAACAAAAAAUAACGGCUCUUCAAAUUUUGUAUUACCGAACUGCUCUCGGAAUCGUCUUUCGUCAAGCAAUGGUUUAUCGUUGCUUACAGAUAUAAAUUAAAUAAUCUUAUGUAUCCUACCUUCCCAACUUCUCACCUGCAUUAGUGGCCGCUCCUAUCCCCAGUAUCAGCUCUUUUUUUCAAAUUGAAAUUUAUAGUUAUUUAUUUGUUUCGUCAAAUUAUUAUUAUUAUUAUUAUUAUUUGUUUGAUUAAAUUUUUAAAUUGCUUUUGUUUCAAUACUUUUAAGUAUGUAAUUAGACUAACUAAUUCAGUAUUGCUACUGAAAAUAAUAGUAUACCGAUGAUGUGAAAUUAUAAACUCUUAUCGAUAAAGUUAAAAAUAUCUACAUUACAUAAAAUAUGGGAAAAUGAAUUUAGUGUUAUUUGAAUAUGAAGGAUUUAAAUUUAUGCUCAUUAUUUUAUUGUUUAAAAUAAAUAAAUUUGUACAUGAAUGAGCUUUAAGUCUUCCAAUUUAAAAAUUAAUUUGAUUUUGUUAAUUUAAAUAUACUUCAUAUAAAUUCCAAAAUUAAAGUCAAUAUAUACCAUGAAUUCUGAUAGUUAUUACGUGUUUAUUAUUAAAGAUCUUAGGUAUAUGUAUUAUUUUGUUUUUCCAUAGGUCGUACAAGACAGUAAUAUCAAAAUCGUAAUUUCCGAUUUGAGAAAAAUUUUUACUAAAACUACAGUCAAAGCGUUUCUGCUAUGGGCCGUGAUGUUUGGAUUUUUUAUGUCAUUCAUAUGGAACUUUGUAUUUUGGUGAGCAUCUAUACAAAGUCAAAAUAUUAUACGAAUUUACUUCAGUUUCAAAUAAAAUGGUAAAUCCUAAUUUGACAUAUAUUGUGCUCGAUCGAUACUUUAGUAAAAAUACUGAAAUUUAGCAUGCAGUACUGGAAAAUAUUAUUAUACCGAUAAGCUUAGAACAACGACCGAUUUCAUAUGGUCCGUGACAUUUAAUUUUGUGUAAAAAAUUAUAAAAUUGUUAGUUAAACGCUAAAUAAUUCUCACUGCAGGUCCUUUCAAUAAUGUAAAACGAUAAAACCGUUUUUUUCAUUGAAAUUCGAAUAAAUUGGUUGCGAAUUAUUCUCCAUUUUUUUUCAGCCACAAUAAUUUUGUUUUUCAUUAAGGCAUGGUUAAUGAAGUCUUUAUAAUAUAAAAUUAACGCUAAAAAGUUUAACUCAAAAUUAAUAAAAUAAUGAAUAUUUCGUAAUUAUUGAUAUUAUAUUAUACUAAAAUAUUUAUAAUUAUCGUUUUAGAUCAUGAAAGUUAGUACUAAUUAUUAAUGAUAUUUUAAUAAAAAUUUAAAUAUUCGACGAAAAUAAUUCGGUAAAACGUUUAUAGAGUAAUUAGUUUAAAACCUAUAAAUGAAACAGGUACCUCGAAGAUUUAUCGUCACUGUAUCACCCGGAAACGAAUUCGUGGAUGAAAACUCUCCAAGGUCUAUCGGUAAUUAUGCGAUGCGUAAGCGGCGAAGUCCUGUCUUUAUUUUUAUCCAGUAAGUGAUAAUAAGUUUAUUUGAAAUACAAUAAUGUAAAACCGAUUUCAACCGAUACCGGUGUUCCUCGUAUAAUAUAGGUGUUAUAUUGAGGCAUUUGGACCAUACGAACGUGUUCUCCUUAACGUUUUUCUUGUUUUUCGUGGAUUUUUUCCUGUAUUCCGUCAUCAGGAAUCCCGUAUGGGCUCUGCCCAUCGAAGUGAUUAACGGCUUCACGUGGGGACUAUCGUACUCUACUGCUAUUUCGUAUGCCGCUAUGCUGUCUCCCGUCGGGGCCGAAGGAUCGCUCCAGGGAAUCGCGGGGAUGGCCAUAGACGGAAUUGGUAUCCAAUAAUGAAUGAUAACAAUUUCACACGGCAAUUGCAAUAUAUUUAAAUGUAUAUAUAUAUUCGUUUCAGGAUCACCUAUCGGGAGUAUCUUUCACGGUUAUCUUUUCAAGAAUAUGGGAAGUAUAGCGUCCGUCAAACUGUUACCCGCUAUUCCGUUGAUCGCUUGUAUUCUGCAAACAAUCAUUAAUCGACAAUUGCUUCGGGGGACUACUAAUAAUACGGUUGAAACAAAAAAUCGUAUUGAAGUAGAUAAUAUCAUUAGGAAAUUUUAAUAUGGUUUGUUAUUGCAGCUUUUACGAAAAUGUUAAAAAUAAAAUAAAAUAAAAAAAUAAUUAG